UCGCCCUCCCCCGACUCGGUCCUGCCCUCGUGCGAAGUCGACGACGAUCCCGCCCUCUCCUUCUCCGCCGCCUCUGUGGCCUCGCGCCCCGACACUCCCUCUUACCUCCGGGCUGACUCCCAGCCCGCCUCGAGCCUGCCCCCGCGCCUCCAGCAGCAGACCAGUUCCCUCGUCUCUGCCGACUACGCCUCGUCCACCGCCUCGAGCCCUUGUGCCUCUGCAUACGCCGAUCUCUCUCUCGAAAGCGACCGUGGCGGCGAAGAGACUGGCCCGGCCCAAUCCACGGCCAGAAGCCAGUCUCCCUUGCGUCUCUCCCAUCGUGCUAUUAUGAAUGGCGAUGCGGACCUGCCUCACCGUUCUUCAUCGCCUUUGAAACGACGCGCUUCCAGCAUGGAUCCAGAAAACGAAGCGGAUAAGCCCCGCGACGUCGACAUGGCUUCCUCCCAGCCCGCUGACUCUACCGAGGGGCCUUCUCAACCAUCCACCAGCACCCUACCCCGAGCCAUGAGCGUUGACCCCUCAGAACCUACACCAUCAACCGCUGAUGCUGCCUCCUCACAACCGAUGCCCCCGUUGAAGGAGCAGGUUCAGAUAAUCGAGACUCUUCUAAAGGCCUUUGACGAAGAGCCUAUCAAGGAAGGCGCCAAGGCGUAUCUCGUUUCCAACACCUGGGUCAAGAAGGCGCUCGCGCUACGUGGAGACACCAAGGAGAGCAAGGAUGGCACACCCGAGGCCCUGGGCCCUGUGGACAAUUCAGACAUUAUCCAAGAAGUGCUCAAGGAUCCCAGUGGCGGCAACUUCACCCUCCUCAAACCAGGAUUCGGCCUUGACGAGUUUACUCUCUUCCCUGAAGAUGCUUGGAAGAUGGUGGUUGAGUGGUAUGGGGUCAAGGAAGGCCAAGAAGCCAUCGUUCGCACUGCUAUCAACACUGCGGCCCCUGGCGACGAAUCUAAUAUUCUUUACGAGUUCCACCCACCGCUCUUCACCGUUCACCGACUCUGGUCCCAGGUCAGCCCGUUACCAAUUGAGCAGUCCCUCAAAGCCAACAAUCCUCCGCCGCUGAGAAUCUCCAGAAGCCGCAAGUACCAUGCGCAAACCUUCAUCAAGGAACUCAAGACAGCGACUGGCGUUCCUCUUGAUCGCAAGAUCCGCCUGUUCAUGGUCCCUCAAAUCCAGCAGGAAGCGGGCCCCUCGGAACCCUCCCGAGCUCUCACGCCUCCCGAUUCUCCAGACCGAGCAGAUGAGGAGCCGAACCCUGCCGACUCGUGGUCAAAGCUGCUUCUUGAUACCCCAUCCUUUGCAGAGGUUCGAGAUCUCAAGGUGAAGUCUACUUUGGAGGAUAGAACCACCGAUCCAAAUUAUAACGGCAAGACGACGCUAGCAAUCUUCGACCUCGUCACGGACCAAACGCUUGUCAUUGAUGAAGCGAUCGACAAGUCGUGGGUCAGCACAUAUACUGGACAAGGCCGCGCCAACGAAAAGUCCAUCCCCACGCGGGGCAGCGGAUUAGCCUCGUCCAACGCAAGUGGCCGGAGUAGCCCUGCGCUUGGUGGUCCUCUGACUCGGGGCCGAAUGGGCAAGAAGUCCGGACGCAGUGUGGGCGCAGUUGGUCUUCAGAACCUUGGAAAUACCUGUUACAUGAACUCUGCGUUGCAGUGUGUUCGAAGCGUCGAAGAAUUGACCAAGUACUUUUUGACCGACGACUACGUUGAUGAGGUCAACAAAACCAAUCCUCUGGGGUACAACGGAAAGGUUGCUAUGACGUAUGGAAACCUACUGAAGGAGAUUUACACAGAAGGCAGAAGCUCGGUGGUUCCGCGAGACUUCAAGACAACUAUCGGUCGUUGCCGGCCAACGUUCUCUGGCUGGGGCCAGCAAGAUUCUCAGGAGUUCCUUGGUUUCCUGCUGGAUGGUCUCCAGGAGGACCUUAGCCGUGUCAAGAAGAAGCCCUACAUCGAAAAGCCGGACUCAACAGACGACAUGAUUAACAACCCGGCCGCUAUCAAGGAGAUGGCCGACCAGGUUUGGGAUAUUACUCGACGCCGAGACGACUCCGUCAUCGCCGACCUCUUCACUGGAAUGUACAAGUCGACUCUGAAGUGCCCUGAAUGCGGCAAGAUUAGCAUCACAUUCGAUCCCUUCAACAACCUGACCCUUCCGCUGCCCGUUGAGGAUGUGUGGCACGGCACGGUCACGUUCCUGCCCCUGAGCGAUGCCCCCGUUUCAAUCGAGGUUGAGUUGCCCAAGCAUAGCGCUAUCGAGCAGCUCAAGCAGUUCGUCUCAAUCCGGACCGGUGUUCCCCCAGAGCGCCUGAUGGGUGGCGAAGAAUUCAAAGAUCGGUUCUUCAAGAUCUAUGAUAACACCCAGGAUGUGAGUGAGGAGAUCGGUAAGUCCGAUAUCGUCACAUUCCACGAGCUGGAAGCUGUCCCGACAAACUGGCCUCACAAGGCACGAACUAAGAAAUAUCGUUCCAUGCUGGAUGUCGAUACUCCUCUCGAGACUGUUUCAUGGGAUGACCCACGAUACGAGCAGAUGGUGGUGCCAGUAUUCCAUAGAAUAGCGACAUCGUCCAGCGGCCGUGGCCGAGAUAGUGCUUCACCACCCAGCUUCAUCUGCUUGACCAAGGAAGACGCAUCCAACAUCGACAUCAUUACACGAAAGGUUCUGGAGAAGAUUGCUACCUUUUCAACUUGGUCCAAACUCAAGGAUACUCAGGAAGAGAGUUCGGAUAAUGCUGAUGGAGAAAUCGUCCUCACCUCCGCCUCAGAUGCUGAUUCUUCAGGCGAUAGUAAGGUUGUUGCCACUUCUGUGGAGGGCGAGGACGACUUGGUGGAUGUGCACAUGAAGGAUUCGACCGAUGCCAACGCCCCUCUUCCUCAUCAGCCCCAGGUCCUGAGACGUUUCAACUCGAAGCGACCCAAAUUUGUCAACCCAGAUGGCUUCCUGGACCCCGAGCUCCAAAAUCUUUUCGACCUGAGCUACUUUGUAGAUACCGCAGCGGACGGUGGUGUGCCGACUGGCUGGUCACAUGUUGACCCCCAUAGGCUUCUGCCCAAGCUCACGGAUCGUAUCCCUGAGCCGGUUGUUGACGAUGACGAUGCUGCCAGUGUGGAGGCCGAUAGCAGCACAGCAUCGGGUCCUGAUGACGAUAGCACCAACGACGAGAGCCACAAGGCUGAGACGUCACAGACUCGAAUGGUGGAUGAUUCAAGCGAGGAGGAGGAGGUGCAGAAGCCUGCCCGAGCGUUCAAUGGACGUCCUUCAAAGGUGGCUGGCCGACGUAAGAAGUUCAACAAGAAUAACAAGACGUAUGGCAAGAAGGGCAACAAGCGGCGAGACAAGCAGAUGCGUACCGAUAAGAAACACAAGCUACAGACUGUCAAGUCUCAGCCUACGCCUCCAGCUGUGGCUGAUGGCGGCCCCUUGAUCCGCCUGGGCGAGGGUCUCGUUGUUAACUGGAACGAGGACGCUUGGCUCAAGGUGUUUGGUGGCUCUCCAAACAGUCCUUUCGAUGAUCAAGGAGUGGCAACGUUCACCAACCCAGAGACUCUCAAUGACCCUGCUCUUAAGAUUAGCCAGAGACGGAGGAACAAUCGUCGCACUCGAGGUAUCACUCUCGAAGAAUGCCUUGAUGAGUUCGAGAGGGCCGAGAUCCUCUCUGAGCAGGACAUGUGGUACUGUCCUCGCUGCAAGGAGCACCGCCGAGCGAGCAAGAAGUUUGAUCUUUGGAAGUCGCCCGAUAUCCUUGUAGCCCACCUCAAACGAUUCAGCAGCUCUGGGUACCGGCGAGAUAAGCUGGAUGUGCUAGUCGACUUCCCUAUCGAGGGUCUUGACCUCACCUCACGCGUCAUUCAAAAGGAGGAGGGCAAGGACGAGAUCUACGACUUGAUUGCCGUCGAUGACCACUACGGCGGACUUGGCGGAGGCCACUACACUGCCUAUGCCAAGAACUUUGUUGAUGGACGUUGGUAUAAUUACAAUGAUUCAUCCGUCAGCCCAGUAUCGGACCCCUCAGCCUGCAUCACGUCAGCUGCGUAUCUUCUCUUCUACCGCCGCCGUUCAAGCAUCCCUUUAGGCGGAUCUCGGUUCGGAGUCAUCUCUGAGAAGUACCGAACCAGCGAAGAGAACUCGGAAGAAGAUGACGAGUUGGGGGAAGGUCAGCGCCUCGGCGAGGGUUCCUCCCUGAUUGGGUCGUCGAGCGCUGGGACCGGAGCCGCAGCAAUUCGCCGUCGGGGCGAUCGUGGAUCGGGUAGUGUCGCUGUGAAGGCACUGGCUGGCCCAGAUGACGACGACGAUCCUCCUCCCUACGAGGGCGCCAAUCGUAUCGAGACCAUCCAUGACAGUAUCGAGGACGAGGGUGUAGACGUGAAGGAUAGUUACCAGCAACUCGGCACUUCCAAGUCUAUCAGCCUUACUCAGACCUGGAACUUUGAGGGCUUGGCCGGCAGCGGCGCCGAGGAUUCUACGGUUGCAGAUAUUGCCUCAGAUGAAGUUCAACUGGACUCAUCAUCAGAUGAGCGGGGUCUGAGCCAGUUCGAUGACCCCGAUACAUUGAUGACUGGUCACGAUCUUGCAGACGAACAAUUGGAGCCGCUGGUCCCCGAUGACAGCCACCAGGGGUCUCUGGCAGACAUCCAGAACGCAACUUGGGAGCGCAAGGGGGUUAUCGCGGUGCCUACUGGAGCAGGCAGUGAUGGGGACUCGAACGAAGUGGCUGAGAUCCAUCUCGAGAACGAGAAAGGAACUCGGACCGGGUAG